GAGGGAGGAGUCUCUCAGAGCCUGUUUAUUCUGCCACCUGCCACAUUUCCACUCCUGAAGGAAGCGGAGAAGGAGGCCGUGGUGGCUGUGUGAGGAGCCUCCCGCCGGCUGUGGGAGCCCUGUGGCAGGCUGGGAUACGCCCCAGAGGUCCCGUGGCUCGAGCACGCUGAUGCCCGUCCAGCCCGCAGAGCCCCUGCAAUGGAAUGAGUCUAUGCACCCCCUGCGGAUCAGUGUGGGGGGCCUUCCUGUGCUGUUGUCCAUGACCAAGGCUGCGGACCCCCGCUUCCGCCCACGCUGGAGGGUGAUUCUGCCAUCUGUCGUGGGCGCUGCCAUCCUCUGGCUGCUCUACUCCCACCGGCCUGGCCCAGGCAGGCCCCCCACCAGCAACGCACACAACUGGAGGCUCGACCAGGCCCCUGUAUCCCGCUACAAUGACACCUACCCCUUGUCGGCCCCGCAGAGGACGCCGGACGGGACUCGGUACCGCAUUGCGGUCAUUGCCGACCUGGACACAGAGUCAAGGGCCCAGGAGGAGAACACGUGGUUCAGUUACCUGAGGAAGGGGUACCUGACCUUGUCGGACAGCGGGGACAAGGUUGCCGUGGAGUGGGACAAAGAGCACAGGGUGCUGGUGUCUCACCUGGCAGAGAGGGGCCGGGGCAUGGAGCUCUCGGACCUGGUUGUCUUCAAUGGGAAGCUCUACUCCGUGGAUGACCGUACAGGGGUCAUCUACCACAUUGACGGUACCAAGGCUGUGCCUUGGGUGAUCCUGGCGGACGGCGAUGGCACCGUGGAGAAAGGCUUCAAGGCUGAGUGGCUGGCUGUGAAGGACGAACAUCUUUACGUGGGUGGGCUGGGCAAGGAGUGGACCACAACCACUGGGGAGGUGCUGAACGAGAACCCCGAGUGGGUGAAGGUUGUGGGCCCCAAGGGCAGUGUGGAGCACGAGAACUGGGUGGCCAGCUACAGCGCUCUCAGAGCUGCCGCCGGGAUCCGACCGCCAGGCUACCUCCUUCACGAGUCGGCCUGCUGGAGCGACACGUUGCACCGCUGGCUCUUCCUGCCACGCCGGGCCAGCCACGAGCGCUACAGCGAGAAGGCCGACGAACUCAGGGGCACCAACCUCCUGCUCAGCGCCACCUCUGACUUCAGCGACGUGGCCGUUAGCCAUGUGGGGGACGUGGUCCCCACGCACGGCUUCUCGUCCUUCAAGUUCAUCCCGAACACCGACGACCAGAUCAUCGUGGCGCUCAAGUCCGAGGAGGACAGCGGCAGAGUGGCCACCUACAUCAUGGCCUUCACGCUGGACGGGCGCCUCUUGCUGCCCGAGACCAAGAUCGGCAGCGUCAAGUACGAAGGCAUAGAAUUCAUCUGAGGGGCGCCAGGCCCGGGUGGCCGCGUGGUGGCCAGGGCGGCCAGGCUCGCUGGAAUCUAUAAACACGGACAACCCAC